GCCCGAUUUAUUUUCCAUCUGCAAGCAUGAUUUGGGGAGCAGAAUUGUAUUUUUAGCUGGAGUUGACAUGCUUAGCACAAAGAUGUCAUUUAUGCAACAAAUCUUUCGCAGGAAAUUUAGUACCACUACGUUUCUUAAUGAACUUCGGCUCCUAAGCAGAGUUAAAGUGGUGGAUAAUAGCAAAAUUGGAAGAAACGCCAAGCAGUCUGGGAGACCCGUGCGGAUAAUUCACGUGUACAACAAAACGCACGUGGGUCGCCUUGGCGACAGAGUCCUUGUAACCAUAGAACACGAAAAAAAGAAAGGGUACAUCGUGGGAUGUAAACAGAAUCAACAACCGUUAAUUCCCAAGUUUGACAGCAACAAUAUAGUUCUUGUUGACGAUAAUGGACAGCCAUUGGGAACACGUAUUAGGACACCAAUUCCUUCGUGUUUGCGAUCCAACACGGACCCGAACUUUGUUAAACUGUUGUCUCUAGCUACUACAUUUGUAUGAUGUAAUUGUCUAGGUUUGCGUGUUUGAAAGUCUAAUAAAGAAAUAAAUGACAUUUUGAGAAGUAA